AUUUUUCCGCAUAUUCUUUGCAUCUCAGGUUCCCCAGUUCUGGUUUCCAUCCAUUGUUCAUCAAUAAUGGCUAUACUGAACACUAACAUACGCGUUGAUUUGAGUUCUUAGGGAUAUUUGGCGGGGUUCGUUCAGAAUUCUGCGAUGGGUGUUCCGGCGUUUUACCGGUGGCUAGCUGAGAAGUAUUCCCUGGUGGUGGUGGAUGUGAUCGAGGAAGAGCCGGUGGUGAUUGAAGAUGUCAAAAUUCCGGUGGAUACCAGCAAGCCGAACCCUAACAAUAUAGAAUUCGAUAACCUUUAUCUUGAUAUGAAUGGCAUUAUCCAUCCAUGUUUCCACCCAGAAGAUCGACCGUCCCCCACUACUUUUGAGGAGGUAUUUCGGGGCAUGUUUGAUUAUAUAGAUCGGCUCUUUGUAAUGGUGCGCCCUCGAAAGCUAUUGUACAUGGCUAUUGAUGGUGUUGCUCCAAGAGCAAAAAUGAAUCAGCAAAGGUCUAGGCGUUUUAGAGCAGCAAAAGAUGCAGCCGAUGCGGCAGCUGAAGAGGAAAGGCUGCGUGAGGAAUUCGAGAAGGAGGGUAGAAAGCUCCCUCCCAAGCUGGAAUCACAGACUUUUGAUUCAAAUGUCAUCACUCCUGGAACUCCAUUCAUGGAUACUCUUUCAAUUGCCCUCCAGUACUACAUCCAUCUCAGGCUAAACCAUGAUCCUGGAUGGAGAAACAUUAAGGUUAUACUCUCUGAUGCCAACAUUCCUGGUGAAGGGGAACACAAAAUAAUGUCCUACAUUCGUCUGCAAAGGAACCUUCCGGGUUUUGACCCUAAUACACACCAUUGUCUGUAUGGCUUGGAUGCCGAUCUAAUCAUGUUGGCGUUGGCCACUCAUGAAGUUCACUUUGCAAUACUUAGAGAGGUUGUAUUCACUCCUGGUCAGCAAGACAAAUGUUUUUUAUGCGGUCAAGUGGGCCACAGGGCAGCAGAUUGUGAAGGAAAAGCCAAGAGAAAAGCUGGGGAGUUUGAUGAAAAAGGUGAUGGAGAAGUGGUGGCGAAAAAGCCUUAUCAGUUUCUCAAUAUUUGGACCCUGAGAGAGUACUUGGAGUAUGAAUUCAGAAUUCCGAACCCUCCUUUUGAGAUUGAUUUUGAGCGUAUUGUUGAUGAUUUUAUAUUCAUGUGUUUCUUUGUUGGGAAUGAUUUUCUGCCACAUAUGCCCACACUUGAAAUUCGUGAGGGUGCAAUAAACUUGCUGAUGUGUGUUUACAAAAAGGAGUUCAAGUCUCUGGGAGGAUAUUUGACUGAUGCCAGCAAGCCAAACCUUGGCAGGGUGGAGCAUUUUAUACAGGCUGUGGGGUCAUAUGAAGAUAAAAUAUUCCAAAAAAGAGCACGUUUGCAUCAGAGGCAAUCUGAAAGAAUCAAGCGUGAAAAAACCCAAAAAAGACGAGAUGAGUCGGUGCCCGAAUCUGAACCGGAAUCAUUGGUUCCCGUUGCUCGGUUCCAUGGUUCUCGCCUUGCAUCUGGCCCCACACCUUCUCCACAUCAACAUGGGGCACGACCUAAUCAAUUUCGACGUGACAACAAGAGCGAACAAUCUGUUAAUCCUCAUGGAGGCCGUAACCGUAAUCAUGCUACAAAAGUUGCACGCUCAACAUCUGCAGCCACAAUAGGAGCUGCAAUUGUUGAAGCUGAGCGUAGUCUUGAAACUGAAGCUGAUGAUGCCAAAGAAGAAUUGAAAACCAAGCUUAAAGAGCUACUUCGUGAAAAGAAUGAUGUUUUCAACUCAGAAAAUCCUGAAGAAGACAAGGUCAAGCUAGGAGAGCCUGGUUGGAAAGAGAGGUAUUAUGAUGAAAAGUUCUCUGCAAAAACACCUGAAGAAAUGGAUCAGAUACGAAAUGACGUUGUUUUGAAAUACACAGAAGGCUUGUGCUGGGUUAUGCACUAUUAUUAUGAAGGAGUUUGUUCGUGGCAGUGGUUUUAUCCUUAUCAUUAUGCACCUUUCGCUUCAGACUUAAAGGAUCUCGAAGGAUUGAGUAUCAGCUUUACAUUAGGAUCACCAUUUAAACCAUUCAACCAACUGCUGGGUGUAUUCCCUGCAGCAAGUUCACAUGCGCUUCCUGAGCAGUACCGGAAAUUGAUGACAGACCCAAACUCGCCUAUCAUUGAUUUUUAUCCCACUGAUUUUGAGGUGGACAUGAACGGCAAGCGGUAUUCAUGGCAGGUAUUGGUUAAAAAUACUGUUACAUCAUUAUAUUAUCAGAAACAUUUUAAUCCCAGUUAGUUGGGGUUGGCUAGAUGAAAGUGAAACACUUAUGCUAUUCUUUAUUAAGUGUCGCUUUGUAGGAAAAAAGUGUUAUCACCCAAGUGCUGCUUCCAUAUAUCACUAGUGACCAUAGUUAUGAAAGGCGCUCUUCCUGGCCUGAGGCACUGAGGCGACAUGUUUCCGCCUGACUUAACCCAGGGGAUGCAACAUCCUUGAGCCGGGUGUGCGCCACUAAGUCACUUAUGCCUUAUUCCUUCGUCUGAGACGUGCAACUAUGUCGUGUUGCCCAUCCCAUGCAACUCACUGGGCCGAAUUUUUGUUUUAAAAAGGAUGCUAAAACAUAAGGACUUACUGACUAACUCUAGCGAUUAGUGAUUAUUGAGACAUGCGGAUUCAGGACUUGUAUACAUCAGAUCUACGGAGUAUUUUUUAUUUUGCAUAGUGUGUAUUUCUUAGUUGAUUUAUUAUGGAGUAUAUUUUCCUACAUAUUUUGUUCGUUAAUUUGUUUACAUUCUUUAUUUUUGUAUGUAUUUAUACUUUUUGUCAUAUUCUUUCAUUUUUUUGUUUGCCUCUGUUCAUUCUUCAUUUAUUUAAAUUUUCAAAUCGAAAAUAACACUAUUUUUUAUUA